AUGGGCAACCCGACGGGCCCACAGGCAUCGCCGGUAUACAUGUGCGGUUCGGGCACUGUCCUCGGGUUGGCCCCGUCAGCGGACAGCCACAGGCGAUACGACCCGAUGGCACCCGAAGUCGGCAACCAUCCUCUCGACGAAGCGCAUCACCAUCAGCAUCAGCAACCACCGCCGGACUCUGUAGUCUACGGGGCCGAGGAAUUCAUCGACCUGGACAUGUUGAUCAACUAUGUGGCCGACCAGCACAGCGGCACCAACGACCCCGUACCUCCGGACGCCAUGAUGACGACCUACGCCGUGGACAAGUCGUACUACAGCAGGUACUUAUGA